UUGUGUGAAUGUGCCAUAAUUCGUUAUGCAUUUGUCUUUUGAUGGGCACCUAGGUUGUUUCCCUCUUUUUGCUAUUGUGAACAGUGCUGUGGUGAACACGGAUGUGCAUAUAUCUAUUUGUGUGAGGGCUCUUUUUUCUCUAGGAUAUAUUCCAAGGAGUGGGGUUGCUAGAUCGUAUGAUAGUUCUAUUUCUAGCUUUUAAAGGAAGCGCCAAAUCGAUUUCCAAAGUGGUUGUACCAUUUUAUAUUCUGACCAGCAGUGUAUAAGUGUUCCAGUCUCUCCACAACCUCUCCAACAUUUAUUAUCUUGUUUUUUGGAUAAAUGCUAGCCUUGUUACAGUGAGAUUUCUCUCUUGUUUUUCUUUUGUCAGUUUGGCCAGUGGUUUAUCGAUCUUGUUGAUCUUUUCAAAGACCCAGCUCUUGGUCUUGUUAACUCUUUCAGUUAUUUUUCUGUUCUCUAUUUCAUUUAAUUCUGCUCUAAUUUUUAUUGUUUGCUUUCUUCUGGGGCCCAACGGCUUCUUUUGCUGCUAUUUUUUCAAGUCAUAUGGUUAAUGUUUUGAUUUGGGCCAUUCUUUUUGGAUAUGUGCAGUUACUGCUGUAAAUUGACCCCUCAACACUGCUUUUGCUAUGUCCCAAAGGUUCUGGUAGAAUGUGUCUUCAUUCUCAUUUGAUUCUGUGAAUCUCUUUAUUCCAUCCUUAAUUGCUUCUAUAAACCAGUAGUUUUUGAGCAAUGUGUUGUUCAGUUUCCAUGUGUUUGAUUUUUUUUUUCUUUUUCUUUUUCUCUUACUGAUUUCUACUUUUAUGACUUUAUGGUCAGAAAAGAUGCUUUGUAAUAUUUUGAUGUUUUGGAUUCUGUUAAGGCUUGGUUUAUGGCCUAAUAUGUGGUCUAUUCUGGAGAAUGUUCCAUGUGGGUUAGAAAAGAAAGUAUACUUGGCUGCUGUUGAAUGGAGUGUUCUGUAUGUGUCUGUGAGGUCAAGUUGGUUAAUUGUGGCAUUUAGAUCUUCCACGUCUUUAUUGAGCUCCUUUCUGAAUGUUUUCUCCUUCAUCGAAAGUGGUGGUGUGUUGAUGUCUUCUACUUUUUGUGGACUGUUUCUCUUUUCAGUGCUGUUAGAGUUGCUUUAUGUAUUUGGGAGCCCUGUCACUGAGUGCAUAAAUAUUUAUGAUUAUGUCCUCCUGGUGUAUUGACUCUUUUAAUCAGUAUGUAGUGUCCUUCCUUAUCCUCUGUGGUAGAUUUUACUUUAAAGUCUAUUUUUUCAGAGACUAAUAUUGCCACUCCUGCUCUUUUUUGAUUGUUGUUUGCUUAAUAUAUUUUUUUCUAUCCUUUGAGUUUUAGUUUGUUUGUAUCUUUAAGUCUAAGGUGUGUCUCUUGUAGACAGCAUAUAGAGGGAUCUUGUUUUUUAUCCAUUCUGCCACUCUCUGUCUCUUUAUUGGUGCAUUUAGUCCAUUUACAUUCAGCGUAAUUAUCGAUAGGUAUGAGUUUAUUUUUUAUGAGUUUAGUGCCAUCAUUUUGAUGUGUGUGUGUGUGUGUAUAUGUUGACAGUUUCCUUGUUCCACUUAGUUUUCUGUGCUGUUAUUUUUCUUUAUGUAUUUUCUUUUCAUCUUUUUUAUUGUUGUUUUUUUAUUUGCUGAGUCUUUAUGUUUUUCUUGUUUAUUUUGAUGCAUAGGAUUGUUAGUUUCUUUUGCGUUUACCUUAAUAUUUACCCCGUUUUUCUAAGUUUAGACCAAUCUUUUAUUUCUUUAUAUUGCCUUGAUGUCCUCUCCGUAUGAAAAAUCUAUGACUACAUUUUUUAGUCCCUCUUUUUCGUUUUAAUGUUGUCAUAUUUUACAUAUUGACGUCUCUGUUUCCCUAUUUUCACCAGCUUAUGUUUGUUUUUUUGUGUGUGUGUGACUUCCCUAUCUGGGGUGAUAUCCUGUUGCUCUGUCCUAUGUUCUAGUCUUGGGUUGUUAUCUGAUGUUAUUGAUUUUCUAACCAGAUGACCUCCUUUAUUAUUUCUUGUAAUUUUGUUUUGGUUUUUGCAAAUUCCCUAAACUUCUGUUUAUCUGGAAAUGCCCUAAUUUCACCAUCAUAUUAGAGAGACAGUUUUGCUGUGUAUAUAAUUUUUGGCUGGCAAUUUUUUUUCUUCAAGGCUUUAUAUAUGUCAUUCAGUUGUCUUCUUGCCUACAUGAUUUCUGCUGAGUAGUCUGAGUUUAGUCUUAUUGACUGCUUUGUAGGUGACUUUUCAUUUAUCCCUAGCUGCUCUGAAAUUUCUCACUUUAUCUUUGGUUUUGGCAGGUUUGAUUAUAAUAUGUCUUGGUGACUUCCUUUUGGGAUCUGCCUUGCGUGGAGUUCAAUGAGCAUCUUGGAUAGAUAUCUUCUCAUCUUUCCUGAUAUGAGGGAAGUUUUCUGCCAACAAAUUUUCAACAAUUCUGUCUGUAUUUUCUGCUACUCUCCCCUAUUCUGGUACUCCAAUCAGUUGUAGGCUAUUCCUCUUGAUAGAGUCCCACAUAAUUCUUAGAGUUUCUUCAUGUUUUAAAAUUCUUUCAUCUGAUUUUUCCUCAAAUACGUUGAUGUCAAGUGCUUUAUCUUCAAUUUCACAAAUUCUGACUUCCGUUGCCUCAGUUCUGCUCCUGUGACUUUCUAUGGAGAUGUCUAAUUCUUAAAUUUUAUUGUUAAUCUCCUGGAUUUCUGUUUGCUAUCCCUCUGUGGAUUCUUGCAGCCUGUUAAAUUUGUCAUUGUGCUCUUCUGUAAUCUUCUUAAGUUCCUCUCUUGCUUUGUCUGUGUGUUCCCUAGCUUGUUCAGUAUUUUACCUGAUCUCUUGAAGAGUUCUGUAUAUUAAUCUUUUGUAUUUUACCUCUGGUAAUUCCAAGAAGUUCUGUUCCUCUGGAAGAUUUCUCGAUUCUUUGUUUUGGGAGCUUGCUGUGGUCCUCAUGGUCUGCCUCUUCAUGUGAUUUGAUAUUGAGUGUUGUCUCCGAGCCAUCAAUAAGUUAUUAUAUUUAUUUAUGUUCGCUUACUGUGUCCUAGCUUCUUGUUUUGUUAUGUCAAAUAGGCUAGUCAUGUGAGCUAGUUUGAUUAUUGGUGCCUUUGAAGCUCUGAUGUCCUGUCAACAGGUGGUUAGAUUUUUUACUAUGUGAGCCCAGGCGUCUGUUUACUUUUUUUGUAUGGAUUCAACUCAGGGAUCCAGCUAGUUGGCCACCAAGUGUGUGGUUUAGGCUCUCACCUACAGUCCUAGAAGGGCAGGGUGAUUGGAGCAGGCACAGAUAUCUAGCUGCACUAGGGGGUCGUGUCCUGAGCAAGGCAGGGGGCUGACGGCUGCUUCUGAGUGUCCAGGAGGAAAGUGUGUACCUGUUCUCUAGAGCAUGUAGGUGGGUGGGUUUUGAAGCAGGACCACAAGCACCGAAUGCUGUUGGCUAUGAGGACUGGUAGGCACCAUUUAUUCUUGGGCCCGUCACAGGUGACUGGAUGGCAUGGGUGGAGCCACCAGUCCUCAGGCCCCUGAUGUGGGUAGGUGAGGACCCUGCUUAAUGGGCAGAGUGGUGUCAGAUGUCUUGAACCUGCCACUCCACCAUAUAGCUGAAGUUAGGCUUCAGGUAUAUACCCUGUUGUACUGGGCUAAUGUGGGCCUAUGCUGUUGAAAUGGGCCCACACAGGUCUAUGCAGUGGUGAAAGGUGUUCAGAGUCUGUGGACCCCUUAUGCCUGUGCCUAGGCAAAGGAGUUGUUCCUGCUCUGAGUUCCCAGCUUAGGGGAGCUGGCAGAUCAUUUUUUCCUGUUUGUUAAUUUGUUCCGUUUCCAAGGCUCAGAAAAUGGUUCAGGAUGUAUGAAGAGCCCUACUUCCGGCCCAGGGGAAGCGGCAGUCAGCAAUCGCUGAAGCCAGCCUGUGACCUGUUGCAGAGCAGGGAGGGAGCAGGUGAACGAGAGAGAGGUUCUUCCCAAACCAGGUGUUUUUUGAUCCGAGUGUUAGGUUAGACCCAUGUACUUAUCUUUUGCCGAUUGAGCUCCACAUUUCACUGGUUCUGGAGGCUUGAGUAGAAUCUCUGAUGCUCGGUCUCUUCCUGUGUGGAAAACGCAUCCCAAAUAUCACUGUUUGCCUCACCAUGCAUGCCGGCAGAUUUGGCCUGCAGGGUUCCGGGUCCCGCCGGCUCAGGUCUGGCAACUCCUUGCUCCUUCUGAACUGUCUCUUCCUCCCAUUGCCACUCAGUCCGAUUUCUCAACUUUGCCUUUGAUGUUCAGGGCUCCUAGAUUUUCAUAUAUAAUCGAUUCAUUUGUUUUUUGGGGGUCUUUGUUGUAAGAGGGACCAUGGGAAGCAUCUGACUACUCCAUCUUGGCCCCGCCUUCCUGGCCAGUUAAUUUUUGACAAGAGAGUAAAUUUCAUUCAGUGGAGAAAGAAUAGUUUUUCAAUAAAUUAUGCUGGGAUAACUUGAGCUCCACAUGCAAAAGAAUGAAACUGGACUCGUACUUCAUACCAUAUAUGAAAAUUAACUCACAAUGGGUCAAUGACCUAAAUGUAAGAACUAAAACUUAGAAUAAAACGUGGGGGAAUGCUUUUAGGCUUAGUUUUUGGCAGUAGAUUCUUAGAUAUGAUACACAGGCACAAGCAACAAGAGACAAAAUAGAUAAAUUGUACUUCAUCAAAAUUAAAAGCUUUUGUGCAUCACACAGAAAUUUAUCAACAAAGUCAAAGGACAAUCUACAAAAUGGGGCAAAAUAUUUGGGAGCCAUAUAUCUCAUAAGGGUUUAAUAUUCAGAAUAUAUGAAGAACUCGUAUAAGUCAACAACAAAGUCACAAAUAACCCAAUCAAAAAAAUGAACAAAGAACUUGGAUAGACAUCUCACCAUAGGAUAUACAAAUGGCCAUAAGCAUAUAAAGAGAUGUUCAACAUCAUUAGUCAUUCAGAAAACCACCCACAUUAGGGACAUGCAAGUCAGAACACAAUGAGAUACGACUUCAUCCCCACUAGAAUGACUGUUAUGAGAAAAAAUGGAAAGCAACACGUGUUGGCAAGGAUAUGGAGAAAUUGGAACUCUCAUCCACUGCUAGUGGGAAUAUAAAAUGGCGUAACCACUUUGGAGAACAGUUUGGCAGUGCCUCACAAAAUUAAACAUAGAAUUAACCAUAUUAUCUAGCAAUUCUCUUCCUAGGUAUAUACCCAGAAGACUUGAAAACAGGUACUCAGAUACUUGUACACCAGUUUUCAUUGCAGCAUUAUUUAAAAUAGCUAAAAGUUGGAGCCAACCCAAAGUAUCCAGCAAAGGAUGAAUGGAUAAACAAAAUGUGGUAUAUACAUAGAGUAUUUUCUAGCCAUAAAGAGAAAUGAACUCCUGGUACAUGGUACAACAUGAAUGAACCUUAAAAACAUGUUGAAUGAAAUCAGUCAGGCACAAAAGGACAAAUACUGUAUAACUCCACUUCUAUGAAAGAUCUAUAAUAGGCAAAUGCAUAGAGACUGAAGUUUAUUACUAGUUACUACGGACAUGUUGGAAGAGGAAAUGGGGAGUUGUUGCUUAAGGGGCAUUGAGUUUCUGUUAAGGGUGUCGAAAAAAGUUGGAAACAGAUUGUGGUAGGUGAUUGCGUAGUAUUCAUGGUGAACAAUGUCACUGAAUUGUACGCAUAAAAAUGAUUGAAAUAGAAAUACUUUGUUAUAUUUAAAGUGACAUUCGAGAAAAGAGUUGAGGCAGUUGAGGGGUUUUAACCAUGCAGAUGGCAGGCAGAAAAAUGGCCAGUGCAAAGGCCCUAAGCUAGGAUUGCACCUGGCCUGUUUGAGGAGCUGCACAGAAGCCAGUAUGGCUGGACAGGAUUAAGUAAAGGAGAGAAUAGUAGGAUGAAGUCAGAGUGUUAAGGGAAUGGGGAGGCUAUUUCAUGUAGAGUCUUGUAGGCCAUUGUAAGUACUGUGGCUUUUGCUCUGGAUAAGAUGGCAAGACAUUAGAGGGUUUGGAGUGACAUGAUCUGGCUUGUGGUUUAAGAUUGUUACCCUGCGUUGGGAAGUGAGGAGUCAAGAUAAACACAGGGAACCGAGAGGAUAUUGUGGUGAUCCAGGUAAGAGAUGAUGAUGAUGAUGACUUGGUCCAGCAUGGUAGCAAUGUACAGGGUGAGAAGUUAAUCACAUUCCAGAAGUAUUUCAAAAAUAGAGAGAACACGUUUUCCUAAAAGAUUGGCUAUAGAGUGUAAGAAAAAGAGGAAUCAAGAAUGACUCCUGGGUUUUUGCCCAGAUCAAAACUGGCCCAUCAAGUGAAAUGUGAAGGUCUUAGGUGAAGGUUUGGGGUAAGAACUAGAAAAAGAAAAAAACCAAACCUGUUGACAUCAAGUCAGUCCGACCCAUGUUGACCGCUUGUAUUACCAAGUAGAACUGCUCCAUAGGGUUUUCUUAGCUGUAAUCUUUAUAGAAGCAGUUUUCUAGGCCUUUCUGCCACAGCACCACUGAGUGAGUUCAAACCACCAACCAUUAGGUUAGUAGUUGAGUGUAAACCAUUUGUACCAUCUAGGGACCUGGAGUGAGAACAUCAGUUCAUGUUAAAUUUGAAAUGCCUGUUACACAUACAAGUAGACAUACUGUGUAGGCAAUUGAAUAUACAAGUCUGAAGUUUCAGAGAGACGUCUGGACCAGAGGUAAAAAUUUAGGAGUUGGCAUGUAGACAGUUUUUAAAGCUUACCAGAGAAGUGAAUGUGGAUAGAAAAAAUAACAAAGGACUGAGCCUUUGGUUGCUCUAACUUUAAGAAUCCUGGGAUAUGAGGAGGAACCAGGAAAAGCAACUGAGAAGUAACCGUGAAGGUGGAAAAAUAACUCAGUAUAGUUGGAAGAGUGGUGUUUCUAAUGUCAAGUAAAGGCAAAAUCCACCUAGAACAAGUUUAAGAGCAAAUGGAGGAAAAAAGAAGGAAAGAAAACAGAGUAUAGUCAACUUUUCAGGAAUUUUGCCACAGCGAGGAGUGUAGAAAUAGAACAGUAGUUGGUGAGAGAAAUGGGAUCAGGAGACUUUAUUGGAGAGAAAAGAACAUGAUGAGACCCAGUUAGGGGGUAGAAAACUUUGAUACAGGAGGAAGAGGGGAGACUUGCUGGAACAGUGUCCUUGAACUAGUGAAAAGGAAUGGCAGAUUCUGCACCAGUGGAGGUAUUGACUUAAAAAUAGAGUAUUUUCAUGUAGUAAAAUGCGAGAAGACCAUAUACGUGAGAGGUGAGUAUAUGUAUAGUGGUGGUAACUGUGGUGGGUUUUUUCCUGGUUGCAUCAUUUGUUUUAGUGUAGUAGGCACAGGAUCAUUAGUAGGGAAUGAGGAUCGGUGGGAAAGCUGUGGGAGGAUUGAGAAGAGAGAAGAAAAUGUAAAAUAUGGUCUCUAGGAGAACAGGAGAAUGAAUGUUAUUGUUGUUAGAUGCUGUCGAGUCGGUUCCGACUCAUAGCAACCCUGAACACAACAAAACGAAACACCGUCCCAUCCUGCGCCAUCCUCACAAUCCUUGCUGUGUUUGAGCCCAUUGUUGCAUCCCCUGUGUCAGUCCAUCUCAUUGAAGGUCUUCCUCUUUUUCACUGACCCUCUGCUUUACCAAGCAUGAUGCCCUUCUCCAGGGACUGGUCCUUCCUGUGAUAACAUGUCCAAAGUAUGUGAGACAAAGUCUUGCCAUCCUCACUUCACAGAAGUAUUCUGGCUGUACUUCUUCCAAGACAGACUUGUUUGUUCUUUUGGCAUCCCAUGGAAUUUUCAGUAUUCUUCACCAAAGGUAUCAGUUCUGCGUCGGUCUUCCUUACGCAUGACCAUGGCUUGGGUCAGACACACCUUAGUCCUUAAAGUGACAUCUUUGCUUUUUUAACACAUUAAAGAGGUCUUUUGCAGCAGAUUUGCCCAAUGCUAUAUGUCAUUUGAUUUCUUCACUGUUGCUGCUAUGGGCGUUGAUUGUGGAUCCAAGUAAGAUGAAAUCCUUGACAACUUGAGCAUUUUUUCUGUUUAUCAUGAUGCUGUGAGGAUUUUUGUUUCCUUCGUGUUGAGCUGUAAUCCAUACUUGAAGGCUGUAGUCUUUGAUUUUCAUCAGUAAGUGCUUCAAGUCCUCUUCACUUUCAGCAAACAAGGUUAUUUCAUCUGUAUAUCGCAGGUUGUUAACUAAUCUUCCUCUAAUCCUGAUGCCAUGUUUUUCCUCAUAUAGUCUAGCUUCUCGGAUUAUUUGCUCAGCAUACAGAGUGAAUAAGUAUGGUGAAAGGAUAGAAUCCUGCUGUACACCUUUCCUGAUUUUAAACCACGCAGAAUCUCUUUUCGUUCUGUUCAAAUGACUGCCUCUUGGUCUAUGUACAGGUUCCUCAUGAGCCUAAUUAAGUGUUCUGGAAUUCUCAUCCUUCACAAAGCUAUCCAUAAUUUGUUAUGGUCUACACAGUCAAAUGCCUUUACAUAGUCAAUAAAACACAGGAAAACAUCUUCCUGGUAUUCUCUGCUUUCAGCCAAGACACAUCUGAGAAUAAAUAGACUAGGGAAAUACAGGAUUGGGCAGAAUUAAGAGCCAGCUUGACAUUUGUGGUUAUGAAUUUAAAAUUGGACCAGUCAAUAUAAUUUUAUGGGUUUUUUUUUAAGCCAUAUUCUGCUGCAUGGGUGUGGACAUAGAAUAGUUGGAGAGUUGAUUUAACUAGGAUUGUGGUUUUGCCAAACUAAUUAUAGUAAAGCAAAAUAGAGCCAAGGCAUUGUGGGUGUAUGAAAUUCAAAUUCAGUGUCCAUAUAUAAUUGUACUGGGACACAGCCAUGCUCACUCUUUUCUGUAUUGUCUAUGAUUGCGUUUGUGCUACAGUGACAGAGUUGAGUAGUUGCAACAGAGAUGGUCUAUGACCCUCUCAUUGCUUCUCACUGCUGCUCAGCUCUCUAAAUCAUAAUGAUGCAGUUGAGUGCCAUAUGUAUCAUUGUAUCACAACAUUUUAUUUAUUUUUUAUUACCAGUGCAUACCUAUCAUGUCAAAACAAAAUUGUACUUCAGUGUUAUCCUUUUGAGGCACAGUGGAGUGUAGGUUAUAUUGUUAUCAAGUUAGUUGGCAAAGCAUUAUGUUUAUUAUGCAAUGACGAUCCAUAUACCAGUACUAAGAGAAUAUACUGCCCGGUCCUGCAUCAUCCUUACAGUCCUUUUUAUGCUUGAGCCCGUUUUUGCAGCCACUGUGUCAGUCCAUCUCAUUGAGGGUCUUCCUCUUUUUCGCUGACCAUCUACUUUACCAAGCAUGAUGUCCUCCUCCAGGGACUGAUCCUUCCUGACAACACGUCCAAAAUAAAGACACAAUAAAUAAAAUUAGAGAUUUACGCAUGAAAGCUGAAGACUAUGAAGUAGUGAAGGUGAUUGGUAGAGGUGCAUUUGGAGAAGUUCAAUUGGUAAGACAUAAAUCCAGCAGGAAGGUAUAUGCUAUGAAGCUUCUUAGCAAAUUUGAGAUGAUCAAGAGAUCUGAUUCAGCUUUUUUCUGGGAAGAAAGAGACAUCAUGGCUUUUGCUAACAGCCCUUGGGUUGUUCAGCUUUUCUAUGCAUUCCAAGAUGAUCGUUAUCUCUACAUGGUGAUGGAAUACAUGCCUGGUGGAGAUCUUGUAAACUUAAUGAGCAACUAUGAUGUGCCUGAAAAAUGGGCGCGGUUUUAUACUGCAGAAGUAGUUCUUGCAUUGGAUGCAAUCCAUUCCAUGGGUUUUAUUCAUAGAGAUGUGAAGCCUGAUAAUAUGCUGCUGGAUAAGUCUGGACAUUUGAAGUUAGCAGAUUUUGGUACUUGUAUGAAGAUGAAUAAGGAAGGCAUGGUACGAUGUGACACAGCAGUUGGAACACCUGAUUAUAUUUCCCCUGAAGUAUUAAAAUCCCAAGGCGGUGAUGGUUAUUAUGGACGAGAAUGUGACUGGUGGUCAGUUGGGGUAUUUUUAUAUGAAAUGCUUGUAGGUGAUACACCUUUUUAUGCAGAUUCUUUGGUUGGGACUUACAGUAAGAUUAUGAACCAUAAAAAUUCACUUACCUUCCCUGAUGAUAAUGACAUAUCAAAAGAAGCAAAAAAUCUUAUUUGUGCCUUCCUUACUGACAGAGAAGUGAGAUUAGGGCGAAAUGGUGUAGAAGAAAUCAAACGACAUCUCUUCUUCAAAAAUGAUCAAUGGGCUUGGGAAACACUUCGAGACACUGUAGCACCAGUUGUACCUGAUUUAAGUAGUGACAUUGAUACAAGUAAUUUUGAUGACUUGGAAGAAGACAAGGGAGAUGAAGAAACAUUCCCUAUUCCUAAAGCUUUUGUUGGCAAUCAGCUACCUUUUGUAGGAUUUACGUAUUAUAGCAAUCGUAGGUACUUAUCUUCAGCAAAUCCUAAUGAUAACAGAACUAGUUCCAAUGUGGAUAAAAAUUUGCAGGAAAGUUUGCAGAAAACAAUCUACAAGUUGGAAGAACAACUACAUAAUGAAAUGCAAUUAAAAGAUGAAAUGGAGCAGAAGUGCAGAACUUCAAACAUAAAACUAGACAAGAUAAUGAAAGAAUUGGAUGAAGAGGGGAGCCAAAGAAGGAAUCUAGAAUCUACAGUGUCACAGAUGGAGAAGGAGAAAAUGUUGCUACAGCAUAGAAUUAAUGAGUACCAAAGAAAAGCUGAACAGGAAAAUGAGAAGAGAAGGAAUGUAGAAAAUGAAGUUUCUACGUUAAAGGAUCAGUUGGAAGACUUAAAGAAAGUCAGUCAGAAUUCACAGCUUGCUAAUGAGAAAUUGGCACAAUUACAAAAGCAGCUAGAAGAAGCCAAUGACUUACUUAGGACAGAGUCAGACACAGCUGCAAGAUUAAGGAAGAGUCACACAGAGAUGAGCAAGUCGAUUAGUCAGCUAGAGUCCCUGAACAUAGAAUUGCAGGAGAGAAAUAGAAUUUUAGAGAAUUCCAAGACACAAACGGACAAGGAUUAUUACCAGCUGCAAGCUGUAUUAGACGCUGAACGAAGAGACAGAGGCCAUGAUUCUGAGAUGAUUGGAGACCUUCAAGCUCGAAUUACAUCUUCACAAGAGGAGGUGAAGCAUCUCAAACACAAUCUUGAAAGGCUGGAAGGAGAAAGAAAAGAGGCUCAAGACAUGCUUAAUCAUUCAGAAAAGGAAAAGAAUAACUUAGAGAUAGAUUUAAACUACAAGCUUAAAUCAUUACAACAACGGUUAGAACAAGAAGUAAAUGAACAUAAAGUAACCAAAGCUCGUUUAACUGACAAACAUCAAUCUAUUGAAGAGGCAAAGUCUGUUGCAAUGUGUGAGAUGGAAAAAAAGCUGAAGGAAGAAAGAGAAGCCCGAGAGAAGGCUGAAAAUAGGGUUGUUCAGAUUGAGAAACAAUGUUCCAUGCUCGAUGUUGAUCUAAAGCAAUCUCAGCAGAAGCUAGAGCAUUUGACUGAAAAUAAAGAAAGAAUGGAGGAAGAAGUUAAGAAUCUAACCCUACAACUGGAGCAGGAAUCAAAUAAGCGACUGCUAUUACAAAAUGAAUUGAAGACACAAGCUUUUGAGGCAGACAAUUUAAAAGGUUUAGAGAAGCAGAUGAAACAGGAAAUAAAUACAUUAUUGGAAGCAAAGAGAUUAUUAGAAUUUGAGUUAGCUCAGCUUACAAAACAAUAUAGAGGAAACGAAGGACAGAUGCGGGAGCUACAAGAUCAGCUUGAAGCUGAGCAGUAUUUCUCGACGCUUUAUAAAACCCAGGUGAAGGAACUUAAGGAAGAAAUUCAAGAAAAAAACAGAGAAAAUUUAAAGAAAAUACAGGAACUACAAAAUGAAAAAGAAACUCUUGCUACUCAAUUGGAUCUAGCAGAAACGAAAGCUGAGUCUGAGCAGUUAGCUCGAGGGCUUUUGGAAGAACAGUAUUUUGAAUUGACCCAAGAAAGCAAGAAAGCUGCUUCAAGAAACAGACAAGAGAUUACAGAUAAAGAUCACACUGUUAGUCGGCUAGAAGAAAUGAACAGCAUGCUAACGAGAGAUAUUGAAUUACUAAGAAAAGAAAAUGAAGAGCUAACUGAAAACAUGAGGAAGACAGAGGAAGAAUAUAAAUUGAAGAAGGAAGAGGAGAUCAGUAAUCUUAAGGCUGCCUUUGAAAAGAAUAUCAAUACAGAACGAACCCUCAAAACACAGGCUGUUAACAAGUUGGCAGAAAUAAUGAAUCGAAAAGAUUUUAAAAUUGAUAGAAAGAAAGCUAAUACUCAAGAUUUAAGAAAGAAGGAAAAGGAAAAUCGAAAACUACAACUGGAACUCAACCAAGAAAGAGAGAAAUUCAACCAGAUGGUAGUGAAACACCAGAAGGAACUGAAUGACAUGCAGGCGCAAUUAGUGGAAGAAUGUACACAUAAGAAUGAGCUUCAGAUGCAGUUGGCUAGCAAAGAGAGUGAUAUUGAGCAACUGCGUGCUAAACUUUUGGACCUUUCGGAUUCUACAAGUGUUGCUAGUUUUCCUAGUGCCGAUGAAACUGAUGGAAACCUUCCAGAGUCAAGAAUUGAAGGUUGGCUUUCAGUACCAAACAGAGGGAAUAUUAAGCGAUAUGGCUGGAAGAAACAGUAUGUUGUGGUAAGCAGCAAAAAAAUUUUGUUCUACAAUGAUGAACAAGAAAAGGAACAAUCCAAUCCGUCUAUGGUGUUGGACAUAGAUAAACUGUUUCAUGUUCGACCUGUAACCCAAGGGGAUGUGUAUAGAGCUGAAACUGAAGAAAUUCCUAAAAUAUUCCAGAUAUUAUAUGCAAACGAAGGUGAAUGUAGAAAAGAAGUAGAGAUGGAACCAGUACAACAAGCUGAAAAAACUAAUUUUCAAAAUCACAAAGGCCAUGAGUUCAUUCCGACACUCUACCACUUCCCAGCCAACUGUGAGGCCUGUGCCAAACCUCUCUGGCAUGUUUUCAAGCCACCCCCUGCCCUAGAAUGUCGAAGAUGCCAUGUUAAGUGCCACAGAGACCAUUUAGAUAAGAAAGAGGACUUGAUUUCUCCCUGUAAAGUAAGUUAUGAUGUAACAUCAGCAAGAGAUAUGCUGCUGUUAGCAUGUUCUCAGGAUGAACAAAAGAAAUGGGUAACUCAUUUAGUAAAGAAGAUCCCCAAAAAUCCACCCUCCGGUUUUGUUCGCGCAUCCCCUCGAACCCUUUCUACAAGAUCUACUGCAAACCAGUCUUUCAGGAAAGUGGUCAAAAAUACAUCUGGAAAAACUAGUUAACCGUGUGUCCUAGUGCCUUGUGGAAUCUUGUGGGAUGCUACCUGAUAAACCAGGCUUCUUUAAUCAUGCAGAGCAAACAGGCUGUUCCGUUGACACAAAUAUCACAGGCUUCAGGGUUAAGAGUGCUGUUACUCUGUCUUCGCUUUGGCACAAAAGCACACUGAGGGUUUUUUUUUUAUUGCGGGUUUGCCUACAGGUAGAUUAGAUUAAUUAUUACUAUUUAAUGCAAGUACAAUUGGGGAAAAAGCUUAGCUAGAUAUAUAUAUAUAUAUAUUUUUAAAGGUGCUGCCUUUUUGAAUUUCUAAGAAAAUGCCUGUCAAUCAUGAUAGAACACGUUUUUCCUCAUAUGAGUGAGAGGAAGAGACUUAACUUUCAAGUGGAAUGGCCAUCACUGUCAAGAUCAGCUCAUGGAAGGAGUAAAGAAAAUAUCUCAAAAUGAGACAAACUGAAGUUUUUUGUUGUUGUUGAUGUUUUUUUAAAUGACUUUAAGUUUUUGUGCUCUUGCAAGACUAUACAAAACUAUUUUUAAAAAGCAGUGACAUCACUUGAACUUCAGUGCCCUCACUGUAGAACUUAAAAGCCUUACUGGUGAUUGCCCAUGGUGGACUUGAUGGAGAAAUUAAAUAUUUUAUUUACAUUAUGCUUUACAAAAUAUUGUAUGUGUUUCAGCAAGUUUGUAGAUUGGGAAAUGGGAGAAAAAAAGGCAAAAAAAAAAAAAUUAUGCAUUUUUGCCAAGCCAUAUUGAGUUAUUUUACUACUAGAGACAUUAGAAACUAACUGUACAAAAGAACCAAGUUUAAAAGCAUUUUGUGGGGUACAUCAUUUCUAUAAUUGUAUAAUGUAUUUCUUUGUGGUUUUAAGUGAUAAAGACAUUAAGUUAACAAACAUAUAAGAAAUGUAUGCACUGUUUGAAAUGUAAAUUAUUCUUAGAACACUUUCAAUGGCAGUUGCAUUGCCCUUUUAGUGCCUUAAUUUGAGAGAAUUAUUUUACUGCCAUGACUAAGUACAGAAAUUUCAGAAAACAUAUUUUCAAAAAAAAAUAUGUGUCAGUGGGUUUUUCAUUGAUAAUUGGUUUAAUUUAAAAUAUUUAGGGGUUUGUUGGACCUUCCUAAAUUGAGUACAAUCUUUGCAUCAAACUACCUGCUACAGCAGUGAAUGACUUUAUAAAACUGCAAAAAAUGUAGAAGGUUGCACCAGUAUAAAAGAAAAUUAUGGCAAUACAUCUGUGAUGUUUUCCAGUUAACAUAGGAAUUACCAGAUAAAUACUGUUAAACUCUUGUCUAGUAACAAGAGUCGAUUCAUAAUGGGCAGUAUGAUUUAUUGUUUAUUUUUUUAACCAAAUACCUCCUCAGUAAUUUAUAAUGGCUUUGCAGUAAUGUGUAUCAAAUAAGAAGCACUGGAAAACUGAUUCGUCUCUAGGACGAUAUGCAUGUUUCAAGUGGUAUUGGAAGCCGCACUGAUGGAUAUGUAAGAAUAAACAUAUCUGUUAUUAAUAUGCUAAUGACUCUGUGCUCAUUUAAUGAGAAAUAAAAGUAAUUUAUGGAUGGAUACCUUUAAUAA